AUGGUAGUGCAUCAGAUUGACAUUUAUCCCGACGCAACUUUAGAAGACGGUAUAAAACGCAGUGAUAAUGAUGAGUACGAUCCCGAAUACAGGUAUUAUAGAUACACUGGCUCUUCGAGCUCUUUUAAUCUCUCUGCUCUUUUGUAUAAUGGAAAACUGCUACCUGGGAUUCCACCGUAUAUUAUUACUAUUGAGAACAUUGUAACGUAUUUUAAAGGAGACAAAAUUCUACUUAUACAGAUAUUAGCCUCUGGCAUAGGCAGCCUAUACCGCCUAAAUCAAGAUGUUGAUGAAGAUGUGGACAAGGUGACAUUUGCAGAAUUCACACCUAGAAACGCACACAUCCUGCAUGACAAGGAGCUGGGUGCUGUCCUAAAAAAUAUAACUGAACAUGGCGGAUUCAACUUUCCUGAGCUUUAUAAGCGGAACAGAUCCACUGCACUCCAAAUUGUUGGUUACUUGGAUCUUGUCUUUGAUCUCGAGAGAGUUUCCUUAGGUUCCAAUCCCACUAUUUAUCCAUCAGAGAUUUCUAAAAGGAAAAUAGUUAUAAAAGAAGAUAAAAUAUUGAAUGGCAGUUUCAAAAAGGCAAGUCAUACUUUAGUUCACGAGUCAUUCCAGAUUAAAGGAAUCAAACUUCCAAAUGGAGAAUACAUGAAAGUGAAGGGCGGUCUUCCAACUGGCGUCUUUGAGGAGUUUAAUGUAUACUAUAGAGAUGCUGAUCAUACCAAUCCUUUGCUUGUGGAAUUGUUGGAGUUUCAUGCGAACGAUGAGCACGUUCAAAUUGCAUGGCAUCUCACCAAAAAUGCCAAUGGAAAAUGGGACCUUCGAAAAAUAUGCUCAGUUAUUGAUGAGGCGACAGAACUUGUACAGGUGCUCCAGAAUAUAGUUACACACAAUAGGCUUCUUGUUGACAAAAUAUCAGAUGAGAGUCUUAGAACAAAACUUGGAGAUAUAAGGGAUGGUCUAUCUGUAGAUGUAACUCAGAUUAGAGGAUCCACGGGAGUAAUCCAAUAUUAUUCUUUUGAUGGAGUUUCUAUUCCAUACAAAAAGUGCAAGGACGCGGUACAAGGCUAUUUUCUAGUCAGACAUGCGACUAUUCCUCAUUUUACUCUCAAGAAGAUUAAAGUUGCUGAGACUAAGGAACUUACUAAAGACGAGCUCCCUCCCUUUGGCACCCUCUUUGGGAGACUAAAUGCUUAUUACAUCGAUUAUGCCAGUAAUAAUCCAGUUUUGAUUGAACUAGAAUGUUUGGAUCAUUCCGCACUUGAAGACUCUCCAAAUUUAGUUUACUACUACUCCAGGAAUGACGGGGACAGGUGGAUGGGUUAUAGACUGGAGAUAAAGGCUUACGUUGAGAAUAAUAGAUUAAAAUUUCCAGACAAAGAUGCUCUAAUCUCUCACAUUAAGGAGAAUGGUAACAAGAUAGUUUUUGAAGAUCUUAAGGGAAAACUUACCGGUAAGCUUACCAAGUAUCCCUCGCAAAUGAAUAACAAAAGGGAGCAAGAAGAUGUUGUAAAGGAAGCUGAUGAGAAAGCAGAGGAGAGAACAUCAACAGGUUCUAUGCAAAACUCUAAACAUAACAUUCAGUCUGGAGAAUCAGGUACUAUUGAAUAUGGCGUUGGAGUAACAUUUGGUAUAUUGGCGAUAUGUGUUGGUAUCUAUUUGCUAUUUCCUUCCAUUAAAAGACUUGCACAUGAUUACUCCAUUCAAAAGCUUAUGUACCGUCGCUACGUUUAG